AUGGGAAAUACUGGCUCUCAGACUGAUACGGAAAAGCAUAGCAACGACAGGAAAGAUGAAGCUGCAAACUUGAGCAGGAAGGGAGGGGUUGUUAUCAUAAAGGAUCAGACUGGUUCUUUGGUAAAAUUGUUUGAAAAAUUCAAACUAACAGAGGACAGGGGAAGUGACGUUUCUUGUGAACUCUGGAGGACAACAUUUGAGAGUGCAUUUGAAGGUGCCUUUCACUUGUUUGGAAAACUGUUGUAUAGAUGCAUGGUGGAUUUUGGAGGUGCAGAGGGAGAGAGGAUCACACAAGAGCAGUUUAUCAAGGCAGGCAACGAAAUAUUCAACUUUGAUGAGCGUCGGCUGGUGAAUCAUUACUUUCAUUUCUUUGCCGAGGGAAGAGAUGUUCUCAAGAAGGAUGAUGCGAGGACGAUGUUUGAAGUUUCCUUUCUACUGACAUUGUCAGUGUCGAGAAUUCUAUACCAAGAAGAUAAACAAGAUGCAGCCAUGUUUGAUGCUAUGGUUACUGGCCUGUUUGGUAGUAAGACGGAAGUCAGUGUCAGUGACUUAAGCAGGUGGUUGAAGAAGUCAUGUCCUCAUCUGUUUGACUCAGUCCACAGUUGGGUCAUGCAAGUGCUAGCGGGCUCGACCAUGCCACAGGAGAUGGACAUGGCGCAGGUAGCUCUGCUAGAAGAGGUUGUCAGCGGCAGUGGGUGUAUGACCACUCCCAUCCUAUGGGCCUUGUCUAUGGCAUUACCACCGGUCUAUAUAACAUUGACUGUCAAUACUGGCCCGGCCUCUGCACUGCCUUCCAGCAGUGCUGCAGAGAAAGCCACCCUCGGGACUUCCUCAGGUUUGAAAAGAAUGGAGCCGCUGCCACAUUUGCACAGGUGGAAGCUUCUCUACAGUUCUAGUGAACAUGGAAUGUCCAUCAACAGAUUUAAGCACCAUGUAUCUGCUUACAAUGCUCCAAGUGUCACAGUAAUUUCCUUUGAAGGAGGCAACAUCUAUUGCCUUGCUGUUGAUAGAAGUUGGUUGGAAGGGUUGAACAAGUUUGGGGGUGCUAACUGCAUGCUGAUCCAGUUGUUACCCACCUUCCAAGUAGUUCAAGCUGGUGAGAAAAUGGUGCGAUGGAAUGAAGCUAUCAGAGGUAUUCCUAAGGGCAUCAGUAUUGGAUGCGAUGGGAAACCUGAGGUCCUGCGCAUAUCCCCAGAUUUUGACAGUGUCCUUCACUACACUGUACCACAUGCAAUCCACAGAAUAGAGGUCUGGGGCUGCGGGACGGAUUCCACUCUACAGGCACAGAAAAACCUAAAGGACUGGGAAAGUAAAGCAGUAGAGAGGGAAAGAGAACGGAAGCUGAGGCCGGCUGCAUUGGGUGAGGAUCUGCAGAACAACCCAGACAGACAGAUUCUUCAGUGGGGCGGCGUUAAUGUCGGCGGUCAGUCAUACAGAUGA